AUGAACCGUACUAUAACAACGUUCGUUCUGCUGGGACUGACUGAGGAUCCUCAACUGCAGGUUUUGGUGUUUAUCUUUCUUUUUGUCACGUACGUGCUGAGUGUAACUGGAAAUCUGACAAUCAUCAUCCUUGUCUUACUGGAUUCUCACCUUAAAACAGCCAUGUACUUUUUUCUACAAAAUUUCUCCUUCUUAGAGAUCUCAUUCACUUCUGCCUCUGUUCCCAGAUACUUGUAUAACAUAGCAACAGGUGACCAGCUCAUUUCUUAUAAUGCCUGUGCCAGUCAAGUUUUUUUCACUGACCUCUUUGGUGUAACAGAAUUCUUCCUUUUGGCUGCCAUGUCCUAUGACCGCUAUGUGGCGAUUUGCAAACCCUUGCAUUAUGUGACCAUCAUGAGCAGCAAAGUGUGCAGAAGACUUGUCUUUUGCUGUUGGGUAGCUGGUCUAUCGAUUAUAAUCCCUCCCCUCAGCCUGGGAUUAAAUCUAGAAUUCUGUGAUUCAAAUAUCAUUGAUCAUUUUAUUUGUGAUGCAUCUCCUCUUUUGAAGAUCUCCUGUUCAAAUACUUGGUUCAUGGAACAGACUGUUAUAAUCUGUGCUGUGCUGACACUCAUUAUAACACUCGUAUGUGUCAUUCUGUCCUAUGUUUAUAUCAUCAAGACAAUUUUAAGAUUUCCAUCUGCUCAGCAAAAGAAAAAAGCCUUUUCUACUUGUUCUUCUCACAUGAUUGUCGUUUCUAUUUCCUAUGGCAGUUGCAUAUUCAUCUACAUCAAACCCUCAGCAAAAGAAUCAGUGGCCAUUAAUAAAGGUGUGACAGUGCUCACAACUUCCAUUGCUCCUAUGCUGAACCCUUUCAUCUACACCCUCAGGAACAAACAAGUAAAACAAGCCUUCAAUGACUCACUUAAAAGAAUUAUAAUAUUUUCCAAGAAAUAA